AUGAUGGAAAAGUCUCAGCCUGUCCCUCCCCCAGCCUACACGCUGCGCACGACGCCAGAAGGAUUACAGACAGUCAAGCUUUGGAUCCGUUUUCUAUCCGCCGCCAUCUGCACGAUCCUCAUCGGGGUGGGAAUCAAGCUCGGAGAUGUCCCAGGAGUCAUUAUCAUUUUACUUUCACCCGCAAGUAUCCCUCCCCCUUCCCAAACUGGCCGUCGUCCAGCGAAACGUUCUUCUGACGGUAGGCAGGCCGGUGUAACUCUCAUCUGGAAUGUGGCCGUGAUUAUGGUUCGACAUCUUCGCAGAAAUGGCCAAGACAUUCACCCGGGGACCCGCGUCGGCGUCGACCUCAUCGUUUGGCUGGGGUUCGGAGCCGUCGCCGUCAUGAUGGCCGCGACAUGGUCGACAUGGGACACCAACAUGGCCGAAACGCACUACGACGGCGUCAAGUUUGUGUUGGUCCAGAUGGCUGUUGUUCUGGCAACUAUUGAAGCGUUGGUGCUGCCGGCACCCGUUGGAAUCAAGGCAAUUUCAGCUAACAGCGCCAGGUUCGUUCACAUUGCCUUGUUCAUCAUCGCGUGCCACGAAACCCACGUGCACAAUCGAUACAAGAAGUUUAUCCGCAAAGUGAGGGCUGCUGAGAAGCACGCAGUAGACGGUGGGAAGAAGGAGGAAAUUUGA